ACCAACCUGAACGCGUGAGUCUCAACGUAGUUAAUGUGUAAAUAUAUCCUGCUGCUGUUGCAGUCGUGGUCAAUGUCAAGGACACGUUUAUAAGGGAGCUGAACAUUUGCUCAAGCUUUCUUUUCCCUUACAUUCUUGCACAUUCUACUAUCGAAGAAUCAGACGUUCGCUGUUAAAGAGGAAUCAUUUGAAGCCAAACUGUGUCUGUAUAUGUUGAGCAGCAAACAGCAAAACAGGAUCUAGGAAUGGUGGAUCAUUUGCUUCCCAGUGAUGAAUCAUUCCUGCAUGUAAAUUCAUUUUCUGGGUACAAAUAUAACAUGCUGACAGAUGGGGGGCACUACCAAAUGCAACCUUCACCACUAUCAGAGGAUGAGAGUGAUUCAUCCAGCUUCCGUUCCUGCUCUAGCCCAGAAUCCCAGGUUCUGAGCUCAAGUUAUGAAAGCACUUCAAGUACUGAAAGCCAAGACAGCAUUUUGGACUACCUUCUUUCUCAAGCUUCUUUGGGAAAGAUGUCCCAGUCAUGGUGGGACAAGAGAGAAGCUAGUUCAGGGGUGAAAGAUGAGAACUUUGGGGUACCCAGCUUUACAGCAGAUGUUGAAGAGUCUGGAGCAUUUCAGCCAACACUUGAAGAGAUUGAGGAAUUUCUUGAAGAAAAUAUGAAUCAUGACCUCAAAUGUGAACUCCAAAAUGAGACCAAGGAACUGAGGACUACUGGUCAGUUUUCUCAUACUGCAAUUCAAUGCAAUGACCAAACUGUGCCCAGUAUUGGUGAUUGUGAGUCUAAACUAGAACACUGUUCUACUGAACAACAAAGUGCUGCCUCACACCAAAGUGAACCUAGUGACAGAGGAAUGCCAAUUAUCUUACAAAUACAACCUUUACAGAUUAAACAGGAAGGGACCUCUGGUUUCAAUGAACAGCAACAAGGAGCAAUAAAGAUUGCACAGCUGCUAGUUAACAUUCAAGGACAGACAUAUGCAUUGGUGCCUCAGAUUGUUCAGUCUACAAACUCAAGUCUGUCCCCCAAAUUUGUUCGAAUAGCUCCUGUACCAAUUGCUGCAAAACCUUUAAGCGUGGGUGAGGGGACACAAGGGCAUUCAGGUAUCAUCAUUGGGCAGAAAUUUCAAAAGAGCGCAACAUCAGAACUGAUAAAAAUGCAUAAGUGUACCUUCCCUGGUUGCAACAAAAUGUAUACCAAGAGUAGUCAUUUAAAGGCCCACCUGCGGAGGCACACAGGAGAAAAACCAUUUGCAUGCACGUGGCCUGGAUGUGGUUGGAGGUUUUCCAGGUCUGAUGAGCUGUCCAGACAUAGACGAUCCCACUCUGGUGUAAAGCCAUACCAGUGUCCUGUCUGUGAAAAGAAGUUUGCCAGAAGUGACCACUUGUCCAAGCAUAUCAAAGUGCACCGGUUUCCAAGAAAUAGCAGAUCUGUUCGUUCUACCAGUUAACUACCUCCAAUGUGCCAUCAUAAGCAGUCAAGUGUGCUUUGUUGUGGUUAGUUGAUGACAAUUGGAACACAAUACUGUUAUUUUAUGCACCAUGUAUGAGUAUGUGAAUCCUUAUAUUUGUUUAGUUUUUUUUUUCUUUGUGGGUUGGGGGCUAAAACGACAGUAUUUUUAAGCUGUUACACUGCUGUCAGAAGUUAUUGCCCUUAUGUCUGUACCAUUGUUUCAGUUACUUACAUGGAAGGCAGGCAGUGUUGCUGAAGAGGGCACCUUAUAAUGUGACAGUUAAAAAUUAACAGCUUAUAUUGAUUUAUUUUAGAAAUGCAUUUAAAAUGCUUUUGUUAGUUAGUAUCAUAAAAAUCCAAGCAACCCAGAGACAUAUAUAAUUUCAUUCCCUUUAUUCAUGCACCAAAUUAGUGGUUUCUGGUGUUCAUGUUUUACUUACUAUGGAACCUUUUUAACUGUGAGAUUUGUUUCAGAAGUUGCUUCCACAUGAAUAUUUUUAAGCUUUCUCGAGAUAAGCCCAUUUAUUAAAUUUAGAUGGCAAUAUUUAACUGUUGCAAUGUCUGCUAUUCUCUCUUUUUCGCAACUUUUUAUUAAACAAAAUAAAUUCAAAAUAAAAAAUAAGACAUUUGUCUUGUAUACAACAGAAAACAGUGCAAACACAAGCAGUUACGUCCCCUCCAUUCGUAUGAUGCUUUGUUUGAUGUGACAGAGCUGGAACAUUCCCUCCUACCUAUUCAUCGAUGCACUUUCUUACAAGAGAAAGACAAGGAUAGCUAUGUGCAACUUGCAGUUUUGUAGUACAAUAUAUUCUGCUGGCUUUAAAUUACACAUAAAUAUGUAUAUACAAACUUUAGCAUCAAAUUGUUGCUUCUGUUCCAGGUAACAAACAUUAAUUUGUAGUCAUAUAAAAAUGUUUCUCUAGUUCGUUCAACAAAGUACCUCUGUAGUGUUGUGAAACGAGCCACAUAUGAUGCCAUCUUAUAUGAAAGAAAGAUGACCUCUUCUUACUUUACAUCUACAGUAACAGCAUUUAUCAGCUGAUGGAGUUUUUCAUCUCUCUCGCUCUCUCUCUCUCAGUGGUAGCAUGACUAUUCACUUUGUUCAUUAUUAUUGCAUUGCGAGGAAAUAUGUCUGUCAGCCAAGAACCUGUGUUUUCAAGUUCACUGAGAAGUCACAUCAAAAGCUAUUAAAUAGAAUGUCUGAAAAUUGUUGUGUGCAGAUAAAUAUCUCCAGCCUCGUCUAUAGGCCAUAUGAACAUGUCUGUUUUCAGUAUUACUAUCAAAGGUUUCUAAAUCCACAAUCUUCUUUUGAUAUUUAAACUAGCAUAAAUCAUCAAAACAUCAGUAGUAAAUCCAGACAUUCCUUUUAUCUUGCCUGUUUACAGGGACUUUGCACUUUGGAGUGCCCUUACUUUGUUGACUUCUGUAGAGGAGGAUUUCUUUAACAGGUUGCAUGAACAUUCAGAUCUAAAACAUUUAUGUCCCAAGCUCUAGGCAUACAGACUACCUGUAUAGAAACUUUUUCUGCAAAACAGCAUUCCUGUUCACCUUUUGUUCAUUAAUGGCACCUGUAACACCAGGUUUGUUCUAACUGAUUAUAUGCUUUUACUUCAGUCAUCUUUUGCAGCAAGGGCAGUAGAGUAUCGGUCUGUUAGCAAAUUAUUGGUCAGCAUUUUCAGCUAGACAUCUGUCUUGAAUGAUACAAAGCUUAACACUCUGCUCAAUGUUUUAUUUUUGCAUAGAUUAAAGCAUAUUCUAGCUAACACAAGGUAUUCAUUAAUCAUAAUCACAUAAAAGGGCAAUAUCUUUUUACGGAAGUCAGGUUAAAUAUCGUUGUUAUGAUCAUUAAUGUUUUCAGAACACAGUGGCUAUAAAGCAUGGUGCUAUAUUUAGAAGUAUUUUGAGCCUAAAACCUCUUAAUUCAGUGCCACAUAAUGAAACAUGUUGUGGUGAUUAUCACUUUAAGUAUAAAAAAUGUAAAUUAUUAAUAAUAUUACGAGAGUCUAUUUUGGAUAUGACUGCCACAUAAAAUAACCUGUAAUAAAACCCUGCAUUUAUAUAUGUUUUAGAUUAAUACAAUCACAUAUAGUAAUAUAUAAUGUAUAUAUAUUGAUAAAUUUCAUUUUGGAACAAUAUCUCCAUUCCAUUUGUUAGAAAUUAAUAUAAGUGAUCUAGCUUGUAUUAAUUAAGCAACCGCACAUCCUAUGAAUGUAUGUAAAUAGACUGUAUAUAGCUACAUCUAUAUAAAAUAUCUUUUAAUAACAUGUCUUGGGUUUAUGUAAAUUGUAAGAAGCCUGUAAAGUCAAUGUAUAUACAUAACAAUUAUGUAUAUUUUCCAUUUGUGCAACAUAAAGAUACUUUUACUUUGUCAAUAAAAUAACAAUGAAAUUAAAA